AUGUGCUCUGAAAGACAUGCUAAAAAAAGACAGAAAGCAAAUCUAAAAAAAAAAUCUAAAAUUGCUACUGAUCUUGAAGUUGUAGUUCCAACUAUUAGUACUUCAAUUUUCAAGAUUAAUAAAGCUACAGAUUUUCUUCAAAUUGAUAACAUCCUUGAAGACCAUAACGAUCUUGAACUAGCAUUAGAAACUAGCAUCUUUGACUAUGAAUCUGCAAAUAAUAGAAGUUUACUUGGAGAGUUCACAAAGUUUGCAUUAGAGGUUGAAUUAGAUUCUAAGCUUUUAGAUGUAAUUAAAAUUGAUCAGGAGCUUGAAACCGGCCCAUUAAACUUGGAAAAAACCAAAGAUAGCUUUGCACAACUUAUCAAAAUUCUUAUUUUACUGUUGGAAUCUGGAUCUAGAUAUUAUUAA